AUGCAGAUUUAUUCGAUCGUUGCUGCUGCUACUCUUUCGCUAGCAGGGACAGCUCACGCUUGGGCUCAGGCUGCAGACGGAACCUGGAUUGCAAAUCAGAACAGCUAUAUCUUCACAGACAAUCUGCAAAGCAGAUGGGAGGUUGUCGAAGCAUGCACUAUCAGGAACACGAAUACAUGGCUUUCCCAUCAUGAAGCUUGCGCUUAUUGGGUAAAUAGCGAGGGGCUGAUCGCUCGUGGAGAAUGCACGGCUGCUGUUAGGCCCGUCGGUGAUCCGGCCAACGUAGUUCAGUGCAAGUGA